GCUAUCCGCGCACUAUCUGGCUAAUCUGGCCAAUCUGGCUAUCUGAGCUUGCGUGUUUGUUUUGGUGCCCGCACAACCCAAACAAUAAGCACGAUGUCUACAGUGCUCAGCGGCAAAAGCUUCAUGCGCAUGUUCCUCAGAUAUACAGGUUCACGAGUAAAAUGGCAAAGUGGACGUACAUUUUUCGCUGCCUUACCCGAAACACACGAAAUGCUGCGGAAAAGUUGCAGAGACUUUGCAGAUAAAGAGCUAAAGCCCAUCGCUGGAAUCUUGGACAAGGAACAUCGAUACCCCAGGGAACAGGUGAAGAAGCUUGGAGAGAUGGGCCUUAUGGCUGUAGCUGUACCAACAGAGCUCGGGGGAGCUGGCUUAGACUACCUGGCUUAUGCCAUUGCCAUGGAAGAAAUUAGCCGUGGAUGCGCAUCAACCGGUGUUGUUAUGAGUGUCAACAAUUCUCUGUUUCUUGGUGCCAUACUGAAAUAUGGAACAGAGGAGCAGAAGAAGAAAUUUAUCUCGCCUUUCUGCACAGGAGAGAGAGUUGGUUGCUUCGCACUUUCCGAACCAGGGAACGGCAGUGAUGCAGGCGCAGCCUCUACGACGGCUGUGUUGGAAGGUGACCAUUGGAGGAUCAACGGCACUAAAGCGUGGAUUACGUCGUCAUACGAGGGCGAGGCAGCUAUAGUGAUGGCUACGGUGGAUAAGGCGAAGAAGCACAAGGGCAUCAGCGCAUUUAUCGUGCCCAUGCCAACACAAGGCCUUACGUUAGGGAAAAAAGAAGAAAAACUAGGAAUCCGUGCGUCUUCAACGGCUUACCUGAUAUUUGAGGAUUGUCUCGUUCCCCGAGAGAACCGCCUCGGAGGUGAUGGCAUGGGAUUCAAGAUUGCCAUGAGCGUUUUGGAUGCAGGACGCAUUGGUAUUGCUGGUCAGGCUCUUGGAAUAGGACAGGCUGCUCUAGAGUGUGCACUAGAAUAUUCUGGAAAGCGGCAGUCGUUUAACCAGCCAUUACAUCAAUUUCAAGCUAUUCAGAUGAAACUAGCCGACAUGGAGGUAAGACUGCAAAGUGCGAGACUGCUCACCUGGCGGGCUGCCAUGUUGAAAGAUGCCGGAAUGAAGUUUACAAAGGAAGCUGCCAUGGCAAAGUUAGCUGCAUCAGAGGCUGCAACUUUCGUUGCGCACCAGGCAAUACAGGUCCUCGGAGGAAUGGGGUACGUGACCGACAUGCCCGCGGAGAGACACUACCGUGAUGCCCGCAUCACCGAGAUUUAUGAAGGCACAAGCGAAGUCCAGCGCAUUGUCAUUGCGAGCAACCUGCUCAAGGAAUAUAAUGUUGUGUAGCGUUGCAUCUCCAACACAUGUAGGUACCUGAAACAUAUUACGCGUUGAUAUUAUGCUGUAUUUUUAAACGUGUACAUAGGAGAGUACUUCACUCGAACUUCUGGGUGUCUGUGUCCGCGAUCGAGCACUUGAGACCUGCUGUGUAAAAGGUACGGUGCUACGUAACAAUUUAUUAUGAAAUGUACAAAAAUAUUUUGUAUAACAAAAGUGUUUGGAUGACUA